UUUUGGUCAAAGUCUUCAUAAUUUUGUAUAUAUGUUUCCUAUAAAGAGUUAUUAUAUAUCAUGUACCAUUUUUCACAGUCUAUAAAAAGGUCAUUUCUCUAUACCAUUUUCAAUAUCAAAAAGUUUCUUCAAACAAACAAGUAUUAGAUUAACACUAUCUUCUUAAUUUUCAGAAAUUCAUGGCUAAACUAUUAUGUUCGUAUCUAUUCAUCUCCAUGUUUGUUCUCUCAGUUUUUUUGGCUUUGCCAAAUGCAGAGGGAGCGAAUAUAAAAAGAUGUGUUGUGGACGUGAAGCUUAGCAAGCCAUGCACUUUUCAAGAAUGCAUACCACUUUGUUUUCAAAAGUACAACGGGAAUGGCGUUUGUACCGGAAAUAAAAACCAAAUUUGCACUUGCGCUUACAACUGUUAAGCUAAUAUGUUUGUUAAACUUGACCAAAAAUAUUUAAUGUUAUGGUGCCUUAAUAAUCCUUGACUUCAUGUAUUUGGAGAAUAUGAUAAUAUGAAUAAAGAUCUAUUAAAUAUUCUAUUUGAUUUUCAAUUAAAACCGGGAUUCAUGUGAGUGAUCAACGAGUUCAUUCUUAAACCGAUGCAAAUCCAAGAUUUUAAAACUUAACCGACGAUAGAGGGCUGCCCAAUAUAUGGCACAAUAGAACUAAUGAACUAUAAUGCGAAACCAUAUGACACAACUAAAUAUAUUAAUAUAUUUUUGAAAUAAUUUUGUUUGGCAUAAACUUAAACUAAACUUUAUAAACUUUUUGCUAAAUUAUGAAAAACAUACCACAUAUUAAUUCUACUUGCUAUAUCAUAUAUCAAAAUAUUAGUUCUCAAUUUCUCAUAGAAAAGUUAUCUAAAUAGUAUCGAGAUGUC